CAUAAGCUAUAUAUAUAUAUUAUAUAUCCCUCGCCGCAUCGAACCCGCGCUUGACAGACAUCUCUCUGCCAGCAACAGCCAUACCGCCCGUCAUGACUCCGUCUGCUACAAAUGGAGCCGCUACGACGCCGCCAGGCUUACCCGAGGAAGUGAGCAAACCUCCCGAGGGCAUUGUUCUGCCGCCUAAAGAUAUUAGAACUAUUAUUGAGAAGACUGCCGGGUUCGUGGCGCGUAACGGUCCUGUUUUUGAAGACCGAGUCCGCGAAAAAGAAAGAUCUAAUCCGAAAUUCUCCUUUUUAAAUCCGAGCGAUGCAUAUGCCGCAUUUUACUCAUGGCGCCUCAGCGAAAUCAAGGCUGGUAGGGGGACUGCGGUUUCUGCUGGCCGAGCUGGGGAACCGGUGGCAGCAACAGAGCCCGAGAAACCAAAAGGCCCUGCUCAGCCCCCAGAAUUUCAUUACUCUGCGCGUAUGCCGAAUAUCAAUGCUCUGGAUCUAGAAGUAGUCAAACUGACUGCCCUGUUUGUCGCCAAGCGAGGGAAAUCGUUCAUGACCGCCCUGUCCCAGCGCGAAACGAGAAACUUCCAGUUUGACUUCCUUCGGCCGCAGCACAGCCUCUACCAGUUUUUCACUCGGCUUGUCGACCAAUACACAUCCCUUCUUCAAGUAGACGAAUCCGAUGGCCCCAAUUCAACGUCGAGUCGAAUAGUGGAGCUAGAGAAAAAUGUGAAGGACAAGUAUCACAUCCUAGAUCGUGCAAAACAGCGUUCAGAGUGGGUCAAAUUCCAGGAACAACAGAAGCAAAAGAAGGAGGAGCAAGAUGAACAAGAACGUAUCGCAUACGCACAGAUUGAUUGGCAUGAUUUCGUGGUAGUGGAAACGGUUCUGUUCACGGAAGCGGACGACCAGGCCGAGCUCCCACCCCCUACAUCAUUAAACGAUCUCCAGACCGCCUCUCUAGAACAAAAGGCAAUGAUGUCUCUACAACCUCACGACAGACGUAUCGAAGAAGCCAUGCCCACUGACGAAGAAACAACCUACUACAAUGCCUAUCCACCCCCGCAAGGCGUCUCCUCCCCAACCCUACAGCCCGCCAUGCCUGCCCCUACCUCAGACUUCCAAGCGCAACAGCCAUCCCCAUUCACCCCGCAAUCCCCCACACCUAUCUCGACCCCAACAACUCCAAUGACCGCACCUGUAGUCUCUGAAGAAGAAGACCGCAUCCGUGAACGUCAACAAGAGCGCCAACGGGCACAGGCAGCGCAGGCCGCCGCACGCGCCGUACCCACUCCACCACCAGGCUCCACCCAACCUAUGCGUAUUCGUUCCGACUACGUGCCUCGCGCCCAAGCCAAACGCCUCAACACUACUGCCACCCCAACAACGCUCUGCCCCAACUGCAGGCAGCAAAUCCCCGUCAACGAAAUCGACCAUCACAUGCGCAUUGAGCUACAGGACCCUCGUUGGAAGGAGCAACGCGCAAAGGCGGAAGCCCGCUACGCAACUACAAAUCUCUCCACUGCGGACGUUUUCAAUAACCUCAAGCGCCUGGCUAGUCAGCGAACGGACGUGUUCGAUCCUUCCCUUAGCGCAGUUGAGAGUCCAGGAGUCACCACUGAUGGCGCCCAGGAGGGUGAUGGUAGCGGCUCGCUCGAUCCAGAGGAGGAAGGGAGACGUAAGCGCGCUGCGACGGGUAUGGGGAUUGGUGGUAUGCCACUGGGUAUGCCUGGUUAUGAGCUCGCUCCGGGUCAAAGUCACCCACCGGACCGACCUGGGCAACCCCAGGGCCCGCAUAUCCCUGGUCAUCCACCGCCUGGCGGCCCGCCGCCGCCCGGGCAGAGUGUUAAUAUCGAGGAGCAGAUCAGACAUAUUCAUCAGAAGUUUAAGCAGUGAACUAUCUAACAGAUUAUGGGAAAAUGAGGAGAAUGGAUACAAAAUAAUUUUUGGGGGGGAGGGUGUUCUUUUUCACAUGGUUAGCUGUGUUUGUUCUAUUAUAUUCUACCCUGCGUUUCUGGGCUGGAGUUUCUUUUUUUUUUUUUUUUUUUUUCUUUUUUUCUUUUUUAAUUUUAUUGCAUCA